CCAAAAUAUCUCUUUCUAGAUUACAUCAAUAAUCAGCAGGCGAACCCAACAUCGUCUACACAUUGUGUUGUCGAGCUAUAAGACACAGUUAUUUAUCUGUCAAAAGAUGGCGACCACUCAUGGCAGCUAUCAGGCACAGAAUAAGGCAGGUACAAUUACUAUAACUGUUCUUGCUGUGAUCUUCCUUGCUUUACGCUUCCUGGCACGCUGGGUGAAUAAUCGUUGUUAUGGUGUUGAUGAUAUCCUACUAUGCUUUGCAAUGGUAACCGAGUUUGCAUUGUUGGGACUAAAUCUGUCAGCGGUACGACUCGGAAUGGGUUUACAUAUUGAAGAUUUUCCACUGGAAAAUCUUGUAAUUGUUCUCAAGCUAAGCUUUGCCUUCGAGUAUAUCUAUAGCUUUACCAUGUCAGCCGUCAAGUUAUCUGUCCUUGUCAUGUAUUACCGAAUUUUUAUUGACAGACCAACUCGCAUUGGGAUAUAUAUUGUUGGAACAUUUGUGACAUCAUGGUUACUGGCUAGUAUUGUUGCCAAUAUCUUUCAAUGUGUGCCAGUCGCAAAAUAUUGGAAUACAACCCUUCCAGGCCAUUGCAUGAACAGAACAGUCUAUUUCGUUAUGGGAUCAGCACCGCAUAUAUUGUCUGAUAUAGCCAUGUUGUGCUUGCCAGUUCGCUGUGUAUGGAAACUUCAUACUUCAGUGACUCAUCGGAUUGCUAUCAUUGGCAUCUUCCUCCUCGGCAGUUUUGUUACAUUCACCACGUGCUACCGAAUGGUCCCGCUCCUUACCUAUGAUCAGAUUGAUACAACAUACUCAGGAUCUGUUAGUAUCACCUGGACUAUCAUCGAAGUUUCUUCUGGGAUUAUCUCGGCGUGUCUUCCGACAUUACGCCCUGUAUUAAAAUUGGCAUCACGCCGCUUCGACUCAACUAAAGCAGGUGCUACUAAGAACAGUUACCAGAGUUUAAAUCGAGUACCGGAAAACAAUGCCGCAACUCAAAAUCGUCGAAUUAUAACCGCAAAACCUAGCCAAGAAGAAGAUAGUCUCCGUCAUCAGCCCAGUGACGAAUAUCUUCUCGAUAGAUGGAACUCCACAUCGAUCUAUCCUAAAAUGCCAGAAAGGACCCAUCUCUCAACUUGAGUAAUUUUAGAAUGACAAUGCCUUAACCAGAUAUUCGGAAAUACGUUCUCAAAAAGCGGAGGGAAACAUGUCAUCUAUAGGUCUGCAACAUCAAUGAAUUACUUAGAACGCAUUGAAGGAGUAAGAAGAGCCUAUGAUAAAAUUGAAAUGAAGAAUAAAUCCCUAUAAGGUUUCUUUGAUUGUUUGACACGAAAAAC